AUGGCAAUCUGGCCUUCAGACAUCAUAUACGACGUCGGUGGUGGGAAUGAAGAUGAAACUCGUCAGGUAUUUAUACAAAUCAACAGAACUCGGGGAAUAUCAUCGCUUUUUGAUGACGAACGUCACAUCUCUUAUAGGAACAGAGAUGUCGCCCGAGUGAAGGGUAAGACGUACCUCAAGAGGACUCUCCCAUUCGAAGAUCCGGGUUAUGUCUGGAGGGACGACGGGCCGGGAGAAAAUGGUCAGGGCGUGGCGAUUGCACCCGAAGAUAAGAAGAUCGCGGAGGAGUUAUUCCAGAAACACCAGUUCAACGUGUUUGCGAGUGAUCAUAUGGCGUUGAAUAGGACGAUUCCGGAUCACCGUCCUCCAAGAUGCCGAAUGUUUCGAUACCGCCACGACCUUCCCCGAGCCUCGGUCAUCAUCGUCUUUCACAAUGAAGCCAAGAGCGUGCUCCUCAGAACGAUAAUGAGCGUCAUCGUACGAUCACCGAGACAUCUGCUGGAGGAGAUCGUGCUGGUCGAUGAUGCCAGCAAUCUCGAAGGAGAAGAUUGGUAUGAGGGCUGGCUCGAAGACUACAUCUCCAACCUUUCCGUACCUACGCGAUUGCUCCGAAUGCCACAUCGAAGCGGAGUCGUGGGAUCGCGACUUGCAGGAGUGUCGGCAGCCAGUCGUAAUGCGUCCGUACUCGUCUUCCUCGAUUCGCAUUGCGAAUGUACUGAAGGGUGGCUAGAACCACUGCUGGACUGCAUCAACAGAAACAGUACUCGCGUUGUCAGCCCGGCCAUUGAUUCCAUCAGCGACUCUGAUUUCUCCUAUACGUUCAUUCGAGGGAUGGCAAGGACUGGGGGCUUCAGCUGGUUUCCCGAGUUCAUGUGGACCCAUGCUCCCCCGAGGGAAGUGAGGAGAGUGUGGCAAGAUGCUGCGACACCACUAAGGUAAGGAUGCGAUCCAAUGAGAUGGAUUGGUUAAGGAUGAGAGUAUAAUACUUAUACCGCCUUCAGUUAAUUCGCUGGUCCAGACCAGGCCCGGCUAAGUCGUAAAAUCUUGAGUUCAUGAAUGGUGCGGGCUACUUAGCUCGGGCUAUUUGGGUGCUGCUUUUAUCAGCAGCAGACAGCGCCAUCGUAGUUAGCGUAAAAGUGGCGCGGUUCUGCUACGGUAACUGAACGCUUGUGGUGCGGACUAUUUUAGCGCGGGCCUGGUGCAGACCAAAAAAAAAAUCAUGAUUAAUGAAAACAGUAUCGGUGAGUUCAUGUGGACCCAUGCUCCUCGGCGGGAGAUGAGAGCGUGGCAGGAUGCUGCGACGCCACUACGGUAAGGAUGCGAUCCGAUAAGAUGGAUUAGUUAUGGAUAAGAGUAAGUGAGUUCAUUGGACCCAUGCUCCUCGGCGGGAGGUGAGGAGGUUGUGGCAGGAUGCUGCGACACCAUGAAGGUUAGGAUGCGAUCCAAUAAAAUAGAUAGGUUAUGGAUGAGUGUGAGUUCAUGUGGAACCAUGCUCCCCGAGGGAGGUGAGUAGGUUUUGGCAGGAUGCUGCGACACCACUAAGGUUAGGAUGCGAUCCAAUGAGAUGGAUGGAUGAAAGAUGAGGCGUAUAAACGGAACAGAUUUUACACUCUCGGAUUUCUUUUUUAUCAACCUUUACGUUUGUUCAAUAAUAUGAACUAGAGAUUAAUACAAUAUUCCAUGCAACAUGGAUCGGUGUUUUUUCCCCAACGGUUUUCAAAAUCAUAUGUGAAAGAGGAUUACAAAAUGGCAUUUCGACAUGUUCAGGAAGGAACCAAACCUUGCUUCAUUAUUAUUAGGGAAAACAUCCAACAACGUACUUAAUAUUUUGGUAAUAAAAAGCAAAAGAAAUAAUGAGUUGAUAACGUCAUCAACAUCCGCAUUUGCUCACACCGGAAUGUUCCUAUAACUCUGUUUUGUUAAAACUUUGUUUUACAUUCGAUUUUGAUUAAAUUGUCAGUUUUUAAUGUUUUUUGAUGAUCCUUUUUAUGUUAUUGAGAUCAACUUUUUGUCGGGGUGGACUUUAGCCUUUAGUUUGUUUAUCAUGGCAACCCAGCGUUCGGCCAAAACUGCGAAUGAUUAGACAAGCCAAGGUGAAAUCGAUAUUGAAGAGUGUUUGGACGAGGCCAAGGUUUGAACUUUCCAGGCGGUGUGCUUGUUGAGGUUAAUUUACAGAACAUCGGAAACAGUCUGGAUUAAGAUGUCUGUCUCGCUAUUCUGUCAAAGAUCUGAAGAUCCUCAAAAUCAGGAUCCUAAGAUUCAGCUUCUUACAAUCUUACUUUCAUUUCACGUCAUUAACCUUGUCACAAGUCUGAAUGCCAUCCUGAAUCUAUGGCCAAAGAAAAGGGUGGUUUUGAGCGUGGGGGCACAGUGUGACCAACCCUUGUGAUUUUCCAACCACUGAAAUCAAAGAAAAUGGGAGAAAGGGAAAAAGUUACGAUAAGGGAGUAGAACAAUAAAGGGAUACAGAAUAUACACUACCAGGCGCGACGCUCCAGUGGAGGGGGGGGGGGACGACUGGCCCCUUUGAUUUUUCUUCAAGUAGUGAAGAAAAAAUUGAUAAGACAG